UGAUCGAGGAGAACGAGGAGGAAGCAUCAUAUUGAUCUCUUUUGCGAUACGUAUAAUAAGAACACUCUAUUCGUAUAUCCAUCAUCGUGGUCACGUCGUUUCGUUUCUUUGUGCUUCUUGUUUCCCAAUAUAUCUCCCUGAGUUCAACUAUUCUUGUGGCCCUCUGCAAUUUGCUUUUUCCUUCUCUCUCUCUCUCUCUCUCUCUCUCUCUGUGUAGUUUGGUCAAUACAUACUGUUUUCCCUUGAUCACUUAUCUUUUCUUGUGGCCAAAACCAAAAUGGUUUUUCUCUCUCUUUACUUGCUGCUUGUUCUUAAUCUAGUAUACAUAUAGGACUUGAUCAUUUCGUACCCAGAGAAAGCAGUAGCUACGGCUGUAUAUAUUGUGGAUAAUGAUGAAUGGAGGCGACAAAAAUGAGCUUAACAUGAAUGAUUCAGUCUAUGUUGCAGAAUUCUUACCUAUAAUUAGUCCAAAGCAUAAAAGCAAAAGCACUAGUCAUAUCACAACAACGCUUCCUUACUCUAGUUGCACUCAUAGGUCCGCUACUCUUCUAGGAAGCGAUGCUCACCUCCUGGGUUCAGGGAAUAAUGCAUCGGAGCAAAAUAGGAGAGAAUUCAUGAACGAGCAACCAUUAAUGGGGAUGAGUUCACGGUGGAGCCCAACCCCGGAGCAGCUACUAGCACUGGAAGAAAUGUACAGACGUGGAACGAGAACGCCAUCAGCAGAACAAAUCCAACAAAUAGCUGCACAGCUUCGUAGGUUUGGGAAGAUUGAAGGGAAGAACGUGUUCUACUGGUUUCAAAACCACAAAGCAAGAGAACGACAAAAACGCCGUCGUGCGGUAGAGACUAGGUGUAGAGUACAAAAGCAUGAUACUACUGGAAGCCAGGAUCUUGAAGCAUCAGCUGUUGCUGAGUUGAGAAGGACAGUUUAUGAAUUUGAACAGAAGAAGACUUUGGUACCUCCUUCAAGCUGCAGUGAGAAUACAGAGGGAGCUGUCUCAAUGGUUAGAGUAGGAACAACAGAAAGCACAACACCAUAUGGUUGGCCACAAUUUGAGGAGAGGGAAUCGCACCAAAAUAAGAGUUGCAGUCUAGAGAAGAAUGCAACGUGGCAUGCUAUGGAUUUGUACCCAUCUUAUCCUAUCCAGCUCAUAAACAACAUGACCACAAGAAGUUCAAGAUUCUUAAAUUCUCGAAGGCGGAGUUCAUGGUUUAGACCCAGCAGGAGAACAGAGAAUGAGACCAAUCUAGAUGAUGAGAAUAAAAUUGGAGGAGUUGAAACCCUAGAUCUAUUUCCACUCUGCAGUGAGGAUUGCAACGGAGUUAAUGGUAGCAAGAACGACACUAAAGUACCCAUCACAGCCAUAAAUACAAAAUUAAUAAGUCCAAACCAGUAUUUUGAGUUUCUUCCACUGAAGAACUGAAGGAAACAGCCAUAACCCAUGUGGUUAGAAUCCAGCUCUUAAUUAUUUUGCCGUGAAUGUAAGGCGGGUAAUAUGUUUCAGUUUGUUUUUUAGUUGGAAAAUGGGACUGUUCUUUCUGUUCCAAUCGCUCAUGGUGCAACUGUAUAGGAUAAGGACAUGUAGCGGUGAUGUGAGGUUACCUUGCCCUAAAAUGCAUUUGGACCAUGUUGGUUAAACCAAGGUACACUUCCAUUAUUUGAGCCUUCAGGCUCCCACUUAGGUAGUAGAUGUUUGUGUGGAUGUAUAGACAUGUGUAAGGCUCCUUUCAAUUAGUAAUUAUCUAAAUGUGAAU